UCUGCACUCGCUGCGUCAAUCAAUUAUGGUUCGCAUGCGCGCAUGAUCCGAGAGCUGCAUUGCCCUUCGAUAACGGCGCACUGCAAGCGGCGACCUGCUGCUUCUGAGCACCCGUUUUGAUUCUCAUGUCCACAACAAGCCUGCACUGAUGUUUGUUGAAGCCACAUCGCAGUCUCCCAACGGACAGGGCUCUCUCUGUGAUUGCAACUGGCCAUGGUGGUGUUGCUGAGUGAAGUCCGGUGCUGUUCUGUUGAACGCAUCAAACGGGUCCUGGGCCGGCGCCGGGCGUAUCCGGCCCACCCUCCCGGCUGACCCUUUCUGGCACAUUCGAGCCCGCCGUCAAUCCGGGUCAUCCAGGGACCUCCACUGUCAGAUUGUGACGUUUCUUGACACAUUUCACCAUUCAAGCCGUUCUACUUCUAGAACUCUCUGCAUAGCAUAUUAGCCUCCAGUCCUGCAGUACAGCGCCCACCACCACUAGUCAUGGGCUCCUCUCAACCCGCGUACUUGACGGGCAACUCUGCAGCCAUCAACGAAUUCAUUGACAAGUUCGAUGUCUUCCUGUUUGACUGUGAUGGCGUGCUCUGGUCCGGCGACCACCUCUUUGAGGGCGUGCCCGAGACCCUCGAGCUGCUGAGAUCACGAGGCAAGCGGGUCGUCUUUGUCACCAACAACUCGACAAAGUCCCGCGAGGAUUACCAGAAGAAGCUCGACAAGAUGGGCAUCGCCAGCAGCGUCGAGGACAUCUUUGCCUCCGCAUACUCCUCGGCCAUCUACAUCUCGCGCAUCAUGAAGCUGCCCGCGCCCAAGAACAAGGUUUUUGUUCUGGGCGAGUCCGGCAUCGAAUCAGAGCUGCGGACAGAGAACGUGCCCUUCAUCGGCGGCACCGACCCGGCCCUUCGGAGAGACAUGACGCCCGAGGACUUUGCCGCCCUGGCCGACGGCUCGCUCAUUGACCCUGACGUGGGUAUCGUGCUUGCCGGCCUCGACUUCCACAUCAACUACCUCAAGCUCUCCAUAGCGUUCCAGUAUCUCCAGCGCGGCGCCAAGUUCCUCGCCACCAAUCUUGACAGCACGCUGCCCAUGAGCCACACCUUCUUCCCCGGCGCCGGUUCCAUCUCGGUCCCGCUGGUCAACAUGACGGGCCAGACCCCGCUGGCUUUGGGCAAGCCGAGCCAGGCGAUGAUGGAUGCCAUCGAGGGCAAGUUUCAGCUCGACCGUGCCCGGACGUGCAUGGUCGGCGACCGGCUCAACACCGAUAUACAGUUUGGCGUCGAGGGCAAGCUGGGCGGCACGCUGGCCGUGCUGACGGGCGUGAGCAAGAAGGCGGACUGGGAGGCGGCAGACGCACCGGCCGUACCAGCUUAUUACGUGGAUAAGCUGAGCGAUUUGCGUGCUGCUGCUAAGCAGUAAAUCUCUUUGGUAGAGGCUCCUGGGACCGUUCGAUGCCAUUUUUGGUCAUCAUAGAGAUACCUAGGAUCCCUGCUCUUACGACCAGGGGGCUAGGUUUCUUUCGUCAUUGAUAGAUAUAGACAUCGCAGAUCGAACAUGCAAACCGUAGUAGUAUACAAGUACAUACCCGCUGAGAAAGAAGACACCUUGGGGAAAUACCCGGAGCGGGAGAAAAAUUACUGGUACUAACAGAAAUCGCUCAGAACCCAUCCUCUGGCUCUCUUGCAUAGUCGAGACUCGAUGUUGCAGUUGCAGGUGAUAAAGUGCCUGCAGCAUGCACCAAUUUCCGUAGCCCCCCAGCGCGCCUCAAGACGCGACUUCAAUUAAGACGCCAAAGUGGGCAUAGAGAGAACCCCACC